ACGUCCCGACUCGCAGCCCUGCGGCGCCUUCAGCCGGAGCAGACCUCGCUGCGUCAUGGAACGGGGGCACGGGGACUCGAGGAGAGGUGUCCUCCUGCACGCGCGGCGACCCGGGUUUGGAGUCGAACCUGCGUCCCGCAGCUCUGCGGUAGGCGGCGCUGCGAGGCUGGGUGAGCCCGUGUCGCCGUGGCUGUCGGCACGCUCCGUCAGCCGCCUGCAGGAGCGUGCGUGCGUGGACACGAGACGGAGCAGAGCCGCCACUCAACCCGUGCUGGAUUCGGAGGAGGAAUUCGCGCGUCAGGUGCGCGCUUACCUGGCGCACGAGGAGGUGAUGCGCGUGCGGCGAGCUGAGCUGAGCUUGGCGCGCUGGGAGGAGCGCGCACGGCGAGAGAUGAGCGCGGGGCCCGGAGCGCAGCGGGUGCCUGGGCCGGGUCUGAGCUCGCAGCGAGAGAUGAGCGCGGGGCCUGGCGAACAGCGGGUGUCUGGGUCGAGGCUGAGCCCCCAGCGGGAGAUGAGAGCGGGGCCUGGCGAACAGCGGGUGUCUGGGCCGGGUCUGAGCUCGCAGCGAGAGAUGAGCGCGGGGCCUGGCGAACAGCGGGUGUCUGGGUCGAGGCUGAGCCCCCAGCGGGAGAUGAGAGCGGGGCCCGGCGAACAGCGGGUGUCUGGGUCGGGUCUGAACGCACGGCGGGAGUUGAGAGCGGGUCCCGGUCCGCAGCGGGAGCUGCACGCGCGCUACCUGGCGCACGUGGGCGAGAAGGGCUUCGUGUUCCUGGACUCGUUUGACCCCUGGGAGUACGACCCCUUCGCUCUGUCUCCACGGGGACGCGCCGUGAAACAGAGAUUUACAAGCGCGUGCCCGAGGCUGGGCCACGCGAGGCGCGGGGCCACGUGCAGCACCUGAGCACGCUCCUGUACUCACCUGAGCACGCACCUGCACGCACCUGCACGCACCUGCACUCACCUGCACUCACCUGCACGCACCUGCACUCACCUGCACGCACCUGCACGCACUUGCAUGCACCUGCACUCACCUGCACUCAUCUGUACGCACCUGCACUCACCUGCACGCACCUGCACGCACCUUCACGCACCUGCACUCACCCGCACGCACCUGCACUCACCUGCACUCACUUGCACGCACCUGCACGCACCUGCACUCACCUGCACUCACCCGCACUCACCUGCACGCACCUGCACGCACCUGCACACCUCCCAAACCCACACGCACAUCCACAGAGCUGCACACCCUAUCCCUACACACAUACAACGAUCCCCCGUGUAGUAUUUAACAGACUGUUGGGGCAAGUGCUGUUAGCGAGCACCUAUGAAGGCCGGCACAGCACACGAGGGGCUGGGUGGUGACCACCACGCCCGGCCGCCUUUGUCUCCCUAGUGGCGAUGUUUACACACCGCACCAGGUAUUCAUUUGAGGCUGAGUCGACCUACCGGAGGCCCAGGGCCGGUUCAGAUAAUCGUCAUUGGUGUUGGCCGUCAGCAGGAAUUGAACUCGGGUCGCUGGGUUCGUAGCGCAGCGUGCUAACCGCUGCGCCACUGCUCCACAUCUGCCCUUGCACUUUUCGUUACGUGGGCCCUACCGGAAGCACUUGUCACCACACUGCAGGUCAGAAUACACGCUCACCCACCCACUCACCCACUCACUCACCCACCCACUCACUCACCCAGCCACUCACUCACCCACCCACUCACUCACCCACCC